AUGAGUGAAGUUGACGAUAGGCCAGCAGGUUUUAUGAUGAAUGCAUCAGACUCCCAGGGGAGAGGUGCAACUCAGGUCCCUGCUGUAACAGUUGGCAGCUUUUGUAAGCAACUCAGUUUUUUUCCUCUUUUCUCUUACAACUUCUCUUUUAAUUUUGACCUCUCUUUUCUUUUACCACCUCUCUUCUCUUCAUUCUCUAUUUUCUUUUUCAACCACUCUCUUUCCUUUGUUCUCUCUUUUUCUCUAUUUUCUCUUACAACCUCACUUUCAUUUUUCCUUUUAUAUUUUUUUUCUUCUUUCCAUCAUUUUUUCUUCUUGGUUUUCAUUUUCACCAUAAUUUUUGUUUUUCCCUUUUCCAUCAUUUUUCCAUUUUUUUUAUUUUUUUUCUAUCUUUUUUUCCUCUCUUUUUUUCCAUUUUUUUCUUCUUUUCUUCUUCCAGCUCACAUUAGUCAGAACAUAAUUUCUUUCUCCUCAAUCGUUCUCCCUUCUUUUCUUAUUCAUUCUCUCUCAAUUUCUUCUUUCCAUCUUUCUGUUUUCCCUUCUUCCUCUUCUAUCACUCUCACUCUCUUUCUUUUCUCUCCUCUAUUUCUCCAUCCUUCAUUUCCAUUUCCUAUUAAUACUUUAGUACACUUCUUCAACACUUCCACUCCUCUCACUCUCUCUUUAUCUAUUUUCUUCACUUUCACUGGCAUUUCUCAAGCUUCCUAUUCUUCAGUUCUCUCUCUCUCUCUUAUUUUCUUACUUUUACUCUUUCUCUUUUCCACACAUCUCUCUUUCUCUUUCUUCCAUUUUCUCACUUUUACUCUUUCUCUUUUCUACACAUCUUUAUCUCUCUCUCUUUCUUCCAUUAACUCACUUUUACUCUUUCUCUUUUCCACACUUCUCUCUCUCUCUUCCAUUUUCUCACUUUUACUCUUUCUCUUUUCUACACAUCUCUCUCAUUCUCUCUCUCUUCCCCUUUGUCACUUUUCUUUUUCCUCUCCCACCUCUUCAAAUAGACAUAUAUGUUAUGAUCUUCAGCGCCACAUUGACAUGUUUUCCUCUGUUUUUUUCACAGUCAGACUUUUCACCUGCAAUUUAAUCCAUUCUCUGAGCCAAAUUACAACUACAGAAAAUAAACUGAAUAGAGAGUAUAAAGACGAGCACAUCUUGACGGUCACAGUCCGAGACAAUGGUGUCCCAAAUCUCAGCUCAUCUACUCAGGUUGUCAUCCACGUCGAGGAUGAGAACGACCACGCACCAGAGUUCAUUAGCAGUCCAUACCGCCUGCAGGUGCCCGCCUCCGUCAAGGGCUCAGCCUUGUUCCGAAUCAUGGCCAAGGACAUUGAUGUCGGCAGCAACGCCGAGAUCAUUUACAGUAUCAAGCGGAAGAAGCAAUAUGACUUUUCCAUUGAUCCAGACACGGGAAUUAUUUCCUGCGAGAAGGACCUCAAGGCAGGAUCGGAAUAUGAUUUUGUUGUGAAGGCAACAGACAAGGGCGUUCCUCCCAAGAAGUCAUCGGCCAAAGUCAAGAUCAAGGUUGUGAAUGUCAAGAAAUAUUCGCCCAAACCGCCGGCGUUCAACAAAAAAUACAUUACGGAGGAAGUAAUGGAGAACGAUGAAGUAGGCAAAUGGAUCGUGUUGGUGCAAGCUUUUGAUCCUGAUAGAGAUAAGAUUUGGUACUCUAUUGUUGAUGGAAACGAAGAUCACAAAUUUAGCAUUCGCCCAGAGGAUGGCUUGAUAUUUGUGGCGCGGACUCUAGACAGCGAGACCCAAGAUCAUUAUAAUAUCACCAUAAGGGCCACAGAUGGAAUACAUCAAGACUUUGCCUGGUUGUACAUCAAAGUUCUAAAUGUGAAUGACAACCCACCGAUAUUUACCCAGAAAGAAUAUAUCGGAGAGGUCUAUGAGUCUGCCGCUAUUGGUAAAACAGUGCUGCAGGUAUCAGCAACUGACCGUGACACAGGGCGUCUCUUUUAUUCGGUUGCCUCGGCCACAAAUUCAGCUAGUAAACGAAAAUUCCAUAUAGAUUCGGAAAAUGGUAUUAUCAAGGUAAAUGAGAAGUUAGAUCGAGAAGCUCUUGCCCGCCAUGAAUUAGUAGUAAUGGUCAGGGACCAAGGUUUACCAUUAAAACGAAAUAUGUGCAGAGUGAUCAUCAAGGUAUUGGACAACAAUGACCAUAAGCCAGAAUUCCUCUCAGAUAUCUUUGAAGGAAGGGUAUUUGAGACCGCCGCAAUUGGAACAUCAAUCCUCCAGGUAGUGGCUGCUGAUCAAGACAAGGGUAAAAAUGCUGAGAUUCGUUACAGUAUUAUCUCAGGUAAUGUUGGUAGAACGUUCUCCAUAGAUGAAACCAUGGGAACUAUUUCGGUGGCCAAAGGACUUGACCGCGAAGGUCAAUCAGAAUAUCUAAUGACUGUUUUAGCGUCAGAUUUUGGAGUACCGUCCUUGUCCAGCACAGGGACAGUUCGUAUAUUUGUAACCGUUUCAAACAAUGCGCCACCAAAAUUUCCCCAAAAUGAAUAUGUCGCUGAGAUUUCCGAAAAUGAACCAAUAGGAGUGAUUGUCACAAGUAUUCGGGCCGAUAGCCGAUCUUCGGUUGUUUAUAAAAUUACAAACGGGAACUUGAAUGAUAUGUUUAUGGUCAAUCCUAAUUCUGGAGUGGUGUCCACGAACAAAGUCUGCGACUACGAGCAACAGAGUUUUUACAAUCUGACCAUUACGGCCACCAAUAUAAUUGGGCGGUCAGCCAAUUGUUUGGUGCUAAUUCAUAUCAUUGAUAAGAAUGACAACAAUCCCGUCUUUGAGAAAGAGAACCACUUUGGCAUGAUCAUUGAAAUGGCCCCCAUUGGUAGUAUCGUUCUGAACGAGGUUAAAUCCCCACUGGUUAUUCGAGCUGUGGACAAAGACACUGGUGUAAAUUCGUUAAUCCAGUACGAGAUAAUUGAACAGAAAAUGACAAAUUUCUUCUCUGUUGAUAUUAGUACCGGCGCUGUCCGCACAGCAACACUGCUAGACCAUGAAAACAUAACUGAUUACGAGUUCACAGUUCGAGCCUAUGACAUGGGGAGACCUCGCUUGCUGACAAUGGAGCCAGCAAUGGUCAAAAUCCAUAUUCUAGACACAAACGAUUCUCCACCGGAAUUCUCUCAAGAGUUCUACAAUGUCACACUCCUGUUACCAACUUUUAAAGAGGUAGCGGUGUUUACGCUUAAUGCAACAGAUCCUGACACAGAAGUCAACAGCGUUUUAAUUUACAGUAUCGUCAGCGGAAAUGAGGACGGCAAGUUCGAGAUUGAACCCCGGACUGGCAUCAUAUUGGUCAUCAAUGACACUGACAUUGACAGCCAAUACAAUUUGACGGCCAGUGUCACCGACGGUAAACAUGAAACGUUUGUCGAGGUUUUCAUCAGCGUACAACGGAGCGACGAGACGGGUUUGGUGUUCACGAAAAGUGAGUACCUAGUUGACGUCCAAGAAAACAUUGUCACCAAUCAAUCACUGCUCGUCCUCCAGUUGACAGGCCUCGCGCUAAACGAGCACGUCACCUUUGACUUGCUCAAUCCAAACGACAUGUUCACUAUUGGACGAACAUCUGGUGUUCUUCAUACUGUUGGCAGACCGUUUGACCGAGAAACAAGAUCAAGCUACAAGUUGGUAGUAGAAGCUAAAGAUUCAUCUCUUCAACCACGGUUUGCCCGGACCAUUGUUCACGUAAAAAUUACAGACGUUAAUGACAACCAACCUAUUUUUGUGAACCAGCCGUAUAAUUCAGUUAUCUCUGUUGAAUCAAAAGUUGGAGAUGUCGUUAAAAGGGUUUCUGCAGUCGAUAAGGACGAGGGAAAGAAUCGAAAACUUCGCUAUCGCAUAACUAGUGGAAAUAGAGAGGGUUUGUUUUCAAUUGAACCCCAAACUGGACGGAUCCUGGUUAAGAAGGACUUAACUGAUUUUGAAAAUAAGGACUUUCAACUUACAGUAGAAGCAAGAGACGACGGCGAACCUAUGCUGUUUGCACGUAGCAAAGUUCCAAUAAAAGUGAUAACCAAAGCCACACCACUUUUUGAGAAACAAUUCUACAAUGUCACUAUACCAGAAAACAUUGAGUUACACACUCCGAUUCUGAGCCUUCAAGCUCUCAGCCCCAACGGUCAAAAACUGGUUUACUCCAUUACAAAUGGUGACAUUUUCAAUGAGUUUACAGUUGACUUCAAUACAGACAUGAAUGUUCUAGGGCCAUGUAUACUUUCUGUGGUUGACACUCUUGACUAUGAAAAGAUCAGUCGUUACAAUCUGACCAUCCAAGCGGCUGACGUCAUUACCGGAACAUUUAUGGAAACAUCGGUCUCCAUUAACUUAUUGGAUAUCAAUGACUGCCGACCAAAUUUUCUGAGUGAAAAAUACAUUGUGUCAGUUUCAGAGGCAAUUUUAGUUGGUUCCUCUGUGACCAAAGUUGAAGCAAAAGACGAUGACAUUGGGGUCAAUCAGAUGAUCCACUACAAGUUAGCUCCAGCAGAAGGCAAAGAUGACGACAGAAAAUAUUUCCAGAUUGAUCCCAAGACAGGUGUGAUUCAGACCAAACUCUUGCUUGAUCACGAGGUGAAACCUGUUUACUACGUUGCGGCAGUUGGCACUGACAGCGGCAUACCACCGCUCAGCUCUUCUGUUUUAGUCAGUAUCAAUGUACUCGAUUUGAACGACAACGCCCCGCAAUUCCCGCAGUAUUACUAUGAUGUGGUCAUCUCCGAUCAGGCAAGCAGGGGUCAGUUUGUCACAAAGCUGCUUGCUUCAGACAAGGACAGUUUCAGUGAGAAUUCUUUGGUGUAUGCUAUUGCGGGCGGUAACAACAGACAAACAUUCCAAAUCCACCCAGAGACCGGUGUUCUUAGUCUCUCUCACAAUCGUCAACCAAGUUUGCAGCCUUUUUACAAUUUGAAUAUAUCUGUCAAUGACGGAGUGUUUACUAGUUACACGCGAGUGCGUGUAAGUGUACGUAGUAGCAACCAUUACCCACCUGUAUUCACGUCAGACGUCUAUGAGUAUCGGUUCCAAGAGAAUUAUGCCGUAGAAAUGUUGGUCGGCACAGUAACAGCUAUGGACAAGGAUACUGGAUAUUACAGUAUGCUUAAUUAUUCAAUAACAAGCCAAGUUGCCUUGAAAUAUUUCCGUAUUGAUGCUGACACGGGUGAGAUAUUCUCCUUAAUUCAAUUCGACCGUGAAAAGGUGUCCGAUUAUUACAUCCCUGUCGCAGCACAAGAUAACGGAGGAAGGAUGGGCUUCACUACGGUGCACGUACGCAUCACAGAUCAGAACGACAACCUACCUCAGUUUACGAUGCAUGACUAUAAGGCUUGCAUUUACGCUAAUGCAACAGAAGGUUCAGAAAUUAUACAGGUAUGUUUUCCAUGCAAAUUUCAUAUCUACAGGGUGAUUAAAAAGUAA